GUUGUGACUGCAGUGGUGUGGCGUUCGUUGCUUCUGUGGCGGCAGGCUUUAAAUGGCUUCCGACGCCGCAAUGUCCGAGGAAGAAAGCGAAAAAGACCCUAUUCUUGUGGUGAGAGCAGCCGCCCUGGAGGACGAGCUAAGGGAACUGCAACAAGCACCCGCGACGGCACCGUUAGACGCCGAUUACGACCCACGCUUUAUGAAAGCGUACCGAGAACUGACCGCUGGAAGGGUUCCCAACGCCAUCCCGAAACCGCUGCUGAGAGACAGGCUCUUGCAGAGUUUGAGAAACGAGCAGGAAGGACUGAAACGCGUGCUCGCUCGCUACACCGACCAGAUCAAAGCGGCCGAGGCGGAGAUCGCCGGCUUGGAGGACCACAACAAGGCUGUUGCCGCCACGAAGGACGAGACGCCACCGGUACCGAAUGAAUACCACGCCUUGAAGAAGCUGACCACUUCGCGACAAAGACAAAUCUGCAAGUACCUCCAGCAUUUCUACGUGCUGCCACAACAGCUCAGACACUCCACUGCAUGUAACUAUCUCACGCUGAGCGAGAUUUUUGACAGGCUACUGGAGGCCAGUGCCAACAGACCGGAGGAGCGAUACAUUGAACUAAGCGUGGAGUUUUGGCCACCGCACGUGCAAGUGCUGCUCAGUGCUAACUUGGUGGAACGACAUCCUGACGGCGGUAACCGCAUCCGAUUGCGGGACUGGGGCUGAGCUUUGUUGCUCAAAGUGAAUGUCACCACACACCUGCAUGCAUUCACCUUCUAAUUCUUUGUUUCAUCCGGGUGGGUUUAUGUGGGGAUUAACACUGUGUGAUUGAACUUGCCAUGUUUUAAAACAUUAUGGGCUUCUUGAAAAGAAGCAUUAGGCAGUCAGGAUUACAAGCUUCCUUUUAGUCACCACAGCCAGUUAACUGCUGUAUGUUGACAAAAUGUUGUCAUGUUGACAGUGAAUUACAUUUGCCGAGACUAAAACCGGAGUGGUUGCUAUCACUUAAUCUGUCCACUCUGCAACAUUCUUGUGCAAUAGUCGACAAAAGUUUUCGCUGUUACCGGAGCUAUUUGAUUUUAAUGCGUUUUAAUCUUUUAAUCUGCUCUUGCAAGAUAUACCUAUGCAUGUUUUAUAGAAAACUGUUGCACCAUUACUAUUGAUGCAAUGAACUGUGCCAAGAAUGGAGUCAUGUUUUCUCAUUUUUGCAAAAGCUUAAGAGGCUAGGCAAACUGAUGACAAAGCUCUGGCACGUGAUGAAAAGAACUGUUCUCAUGCUUUGUGGCAUUGGACUGCUGGGCAUCGUAUGAGGAAGUCCACUACACAGAUUGACGUCGGUAUGCAUUGGCUGUAUGCUGGUUUGCACUGUAAGACUUUUGUGAAACAAUGUACAUGUCAUUCUGUUGUCAUAUGGCCUACACAGUUGAAGCUGUGUCCCUUUGCAGUGUCUACUUCUGUGAGCGUUGCCAUAAAAUGGCACUUGCAUGUCAGGGGCUAUGAUGCAUGGUUUGUUGUGUUGUGUCAAAUAACGGUUGCCAACACGUGUGUGAGCCAUCUGAAAGAAAAAAAAAAUUGAAGUGAUGCUCUGUUUUACACAGGUAGCCUGGUCACUAACCAAUAUGUAUUCUACCACAUAUUUCAGUGAGCAAUUAAUGAAAACAUUGUAGUAGAGCUUUUUUUCAGCAGCACAUUAUUUGCACCAGCAGUAGGUCACCCAGCCAAAUGUCUCAACUUGAGCAAGUGUUCUUGAAAUUUGCGCUUCACCAGGUAAAGUGAUGUGAUAGCUGCGCCAUUUGAGCUACACUGCGCCAAGAGGUGAAACCUGCUACAUCCUGCUACAUUUUUGGGAAAAUCUCAUAGUUUGCACCGAGCAUGCGCCAAGAUAUCGUUCUUGCAGUCUUCAGGAGAAAAAAGACUGAACGUGCUUGCAAAUCAUAUUUAAGUUAUCACUGUAAUUUUUGGUGGUCAUUGGGGCAUACCGGCGAGUGCUUCGUAGUUGAAGUAGUCGCUGGCCCAUGCUGUGUA